AUGAUCUACCCACCGUCCACCGCCAGCAGCCACGUGCAGUUCGGAGACCCCAGUUCGUCGUCUCCGAGCGCCUACGAGCUCGUCGCCCCAACAACGACCGACUCUGUUGUGUGCACCGACGCGCGCCUGUGUCUGGAGCUGCGGAUCUCGUCCGAAUAUCAACUGGACCCGUUCUUCCUGAGCCGAUACGACUCCAACACGCCAUUGGUCUCCGCUACUUUCGACAAAUACGACGCCAACGACAUCUUGCCCUUGAUCCCUGGGAACUCAGAGGCGACGGCGUGGUGGUUCCAGACCAACUCCUCAGACACUACAGCGACUCCCGUGAUUGAUCUGCUCCUGCGGCUUCGACAGCGCAGCCAGAGGCUGUCGGCUAGGGACCAACUGCUGCGUACAGCGUGUACGGCAACCAACGCGUGA